AUGCAGCAGCACUUGAUGCAGAUGCAGCCCAUGAUGGCAGCAUAUUAUCCCAGCAACGUCACUACUGAUCAAAUUCAACAGUAUCUGGAUGAGAACAAGUCACUGAUUCUGAAGAUUGUCGAAAGCCAAAACUCGGGUAAAGUUGGUGAAUGUGCAGAGAACCAAGCUAGGCUACAGAGAAACUUGAUGUACCUUGCUUCUAUUGCAGAUUCACAACCUCAACCACUUGGCAUGCAUUUGCAGUAUCCUGCUGGAGGGAUUUCACAGCCUGGUGCACAUUACAUGCAGCACCAACAACCUCAACAGAUGACGCCUCAAUCAAUUAUGGCUGCACGAGCCACCAUGUACGGCCAACAGCAAUAUCCAGCACAUCAACAAGUCUUGCAUAGCCAACUUGGGAUUAGCUCGGGAGGAAGCAGUGGGAUUACCAUGCUACAAGGCGAGCCUCAUGGUGCUGGAGGCAGAGUCUUUCCUGAUUUUGGACGCAGCAAUGCAGUAACCAGUGGAAGUGCUGAACAGCAAGGUGGAAGCACGGGAGGGCACGGAGGUGAUGGUCGUCAUGGUUAA